GGAGUGCGUUCUACGAAAUCAUGCUACGAAAUCCGUAGCGCAGUGGCCGGCGCAAAAGCCGCGGAGAGAGGUAGAGAGGUGCGCCCGCGCCGAUGGGACGAGCCUAAGCGCGCACCACCCAGCGCGUAUUUAUUCGCAAGGCCACGCCAGCGGCUCGUCAGUGCGCAAACAGCGCUUGUGAGAAAUAUACAAUCGUAGAGUUCACAACGUAAAAUUACGCGCACGAAUAGUUUAAGUUAUUUUUUAUUAAAAAAAUAUAUAUAUACAUAUAAUUUAAGUUUUUUUUUUUACAACGGACUAUAUUAAAAGACAAAAUGUUCGCAUUUCUGCACGAUUCCAAAAUUUUGUGGGGAGUUUUUCAAGUGUUGAAUUACUGUGUAUCCAGAGCAUCCACGCCAUUGCUUUUAACUGUGACUAUUGCACUCCUGGCUGCAAGACUCCUAUCUGCCCUUCGAGAGAUAAGGAAGCUCCCGCCCGGUCCAUGGGGACCGCCGGUGGUGGGCUACUUGCCUUUUUUGGGAAUAAGACAUAAAAAGUUCUUGGAGCUAGCACACAACUAUGGCGCACUCUUCUCGGCGAGACUGGGCAAUCAAUUGACUGUAGUCUUGAGCGACUACAAAUUGAUUAGGGAGGCCUUUCGUCGGGAAGAAUUCACAGGACGACCAAACACUCCCCUUAUGCAUACUCUGGAUGGACUCGGUAUCAUUAACAGUGACGGCAGACUAUGGAAAAAUCAGAGACGUUUUCUGCACGAAAAACUUAGGGAUUUCGGGAUGACCUAUAUGGGUAACGGCAAACGCAUUAUGGAAACCCGAAUUAAGAGUGAAGUAUAUGACCUGAUCCAGAACAUUCGAUACACUAACGGCCUAGCCAUCGAUCCCAAUCCCGUGCUGGCCCUAUCUGUAUCGAAUGUCAUCUGUGGGAUCACGAUGUCAUUACGAUUCAGUCACGGUGAUGCAAGAUUUGAAAGACUCAACUAUCUCAUCGAAGAGGGCAUGCGAUUAUUUGGAGAAGUACAUUAUGGGGAAUACGUCCCUCUAUAUAACUACCUACCCGGAAAGGCUCAAGCGAAAGAAAAAGUAGCAAGAAAUCGCGAAGAAAUGUUUGCAUUUUAUCAGACGUUAAUAGAUGAACACCGUCAAACAUUAGAUGUCAACAAUGCUCGCGAUUUGAUUGAUACAUAUUUGAUUGAGAUGGCAAAAGCAGAGACUGAGGGUAGGUCUCAAGAUUUAUUCGAAGGACGUGAUCAUGAGCUUCAACUAAAACAAAUUUUGGGAGACCUCUUUUCAGCAGGUAUGGAAACAAUCAAAUCUUCGUUAUUAUGGAUGAUAGUUUUCAUGUUAAGAAAUCCUGCUGUAAAGAGGAGAGUGCAAGAGGAAAUCGAUGCUGUGGUCGGUCGAAACAGGCUGCCGAACAUGGAGGACAUGGCACGGUUGCCUUACACUGAAACGACCAUCCUAGAGACCUUACGGAUGUCGAGCAUCGUUCCUCUCGCAACAACGCAUUCUCCUACGAAGGAUGUAGAGCUCAACGGAUUCAAAAUCCCCGCUGGAGCUCAAGUGGUCCCGUUAAUAAACUGGGUGCAUAUGGACCCCAACCUCUGGGAAGAACCCAAAUCUUUCAACCCGAGCAGGUUCAUCGAUGAAAACGGCAAAAUCAAACGGCCAGAAUACUUCAUGCCGUUUGGAGUCGGUCGCCGCAUGUGCCUCGGUGACAUUCUGGCACGAAUGGAAAUGUUCAUGUUCUUUUCGUGUCUGAUGCACCAGUAUGAUGUCGAACUAAACGAAGGUGAUCCUAUGCCUUCUUUAGAGGGCAUCGUAGGUGCGACGAUCGCUCCAAAGGCGUUCCGUGUUCGAUUUGUGCCAAGAUCAUCGCCAUUGCCAGUCGCACCCGUGACUCCGCCUGACCACUCACAACUUCGGUACGUAGGCUCCCACUAAAUAAGUUGAGCCUCUUCGCCACAAACCCACCAGUAUUCGCUGAUCGCUCGUUUUAGAGUGUAUCUCUAACCAUUUAUUUAAGACUAGACUAGGUUACGUUAAAUUACGACGUCGCUAAAGCGAUGUUCCAGGCUGUGCAUAAAGUGUUCAAUAUUUAUUUGUAAUGAAUAGUUUUAAGCGUAAAGAAAAUUCCCAUCGUUGAGAUUAUAAAAUGUUACGCAAGUGUGUUUGCAGUAUUAAGUAGAUUAUAAAUUUAUCAGAUAUUACGCAAAUCACACAAAAUAACUAAUUACGAAAUAAUUUUUGUAAAUUAUUUGUUAGUUGAUUAAGUUCUAGUACCUAUACCAAAUUGAAUGUAUGAAUUAUUCUAGAUCAUUAUUUAUUAGUAAUUAAGUGUUUCACUUGUGUGUGUUUUAUUUUGAGUGUGAUCUCAAUGUCGUUACGAUGUUCAUUUUUUCCUAUUGUGUAUGUAUAAACAGUCCGUGUUAGAAUAGGGACCUGCAGCUAGUCUAAGUGAGUUGAUAUUAUUAAUCUAGUUUUCGUAACUUAGCCUGAAGCUUCUAAUAUGUUUUGUUUGCAACAAAGUUGCUGACUUGUACUGUGUACUUUAUUAAGUCUGUUAGAACUCUCAACUCACCGUCGUUUUACCAUAUCUUAUUUACCGAGCUUUGUAUAUAUGCAAUAGUUUUGGAAUACGUAACAGUGAAAAAUAAAUUAUGAUUUAAAAACAUUGAA